GGCCCAAAUGUUAUGGCAUCAUUUUUCAACAAUUUCAUGGGAGGGAAAAGUACAGGCACUGCUGAUGCAAGUUCAAAAACUGCUUCAACUUUUCAAGUAAUCUGUAAGAUUUUUGAAGGAUUAGCUGAAUGUCUAUCUUGUAGCGGGAAAAGCGCCGAGGUAUGCUAGGAAUUACAGGUCCAAAGGCAUUCAAUAAUUUUACUGGCUUUCCUUGUUUCUUGUGGGAAAACUGGCAUUGAAAUUCUUCUAAAUCAUAGGCUUCCAAAAAGGACAGGCUUCUUAACAAUAAUUUUGCAGAGUUUAAUAUCUGUUUUGGACCUAGAAGCACGAGAUACUGCUACACAUCCUGAAGAAUCUAAAGAAAGAACUCUGAUGAUCAGAGAAGCACUUAUUCUUCUGAACAGAAUUGUUUCACAUCCCCAAUACGCCGGGUCGGUUCUAUUGGCACUGACGAAUCGCAGGCACAUAGCCAGGUUGAGUGUUGACACCGCGAGCAGGUUAUCCCACAAGGGUAAGUGCCUAUUGCAUUGCGACAGCAUAACGCAACAGAUUAGGGAAUCAGAAAUUGUUGAGCUUGCCCAGGGUUUUCAGAGAAGACUAUACACAUUUCUAGGGGCUAAUGCCUCAGGAAAGAAGCCAUCGUGAGAGUUUCUUUCUCAGUGAAGUGUGCCACUAUCAACACAUCACUUCCUUGCUUCUUUUAUGUUUUUUUUUUUCUGUUUUGUGACCCGUAUAAUGUGACACAGUAGAGCAAGCCUGAUCAAAUUCAGAUCCUUUUGGACGAUUCGUGACUUGUAUAUGACUGGAUGAGAUCAGUAAUAGUAAGCUAAUAUUCUCAAUAACCUCAACUGUUUGCU